GGUGAGCAAGGCAAAGCCCGUCAGAAAGGUGAAGCCAACCCCAGUUUACAGGGUCUAGAAUCCUGGCGUGUAACGACACGUUGGUUCGAGUACAGUAUUAUCUUGUUUGAUACCGGUUUCGUUUCAUUGUGUCAUCGGGGACCUUGUACAGUAUGAGACACCGUUGCACUAGGAGCCCUAGCCUAGUCCAUGGAGCUAGGUUGGACUAAUCCGACGGGUGAGGAGAGGCGCUGUAGAUCAUAUAUAUUCUCAGAAGACCCCUUUCCCCUCAUUCCCUUUUAUUGCUUCUUAUUCCAAAAUCAUCUCAUCUUAACAAUUGACGUUAUUACCACUGAGUCAGAGACUAUAACUUGAUUCUCUACUAUACCUACCAUCCAAUUGGUCGAUAUGGCUUCACCAUUCGACUUUAUCGUCGUAGGAGGUACGUCCAAGCAAAACUGACUCAACCAUCCCCCCUCCUUCACCUCUAGCCCAAUGCCUGAGCACAUAUGGAUCAACACCACUAGAACAACAAAGUGCCCCAUUCUAACGCAAACUUUCGUCCCGCAGGCGGCCCAGCCGGCAGCGCCCUAGCAGCCAACCUCUCCCGCACCCCCAAGAAACCCUCCGUUCUUCUGCUCGAGGCCGGUGGCACAAAUGAAGACCGCAACCUGCGCGUCGACGGGCAGCGCUGGACCACUUUUUUAAACCAGGACAUGAACUGGGGCUACAAGACGGCGCCCCAAGAGUUUGCUAAUAACCGUGAGCUGGAUUAUUCCCGCGGUAAGGGACUCGGUGGUUCGAGUGCUAUCAACUUUGGUGUUUACAGUGUUGGUGCGAGAGAUGAUUAUGAAGAGUGGGCGCGCAUCGUAGGCGAUGAUGCGUAUCGCUGGGAUAAGAUCCACGGUCGGUAUAAGAGCCUAGAGACUUUCCAUGGAAAUCUUCCGGAGGGCGUUGAUAAGAAGUAUGCUGCGCCUAAAGCGGAGGACCAUGGUUCUGAGGGGAAGCUUCAUGUUGGGUAUGCUGGCGAGUGGGAGAAGGAUCUCCCUCCUGUGCUGGAUCUUUUUGAAAAGGCUGGUUUUCCACUGAAUCCUGAUCACAACUCUGGAAAUCCAUUGGGAAUGUCGGUUUUGAUCAACUCGAGUGCCAAGGGACGGAGAUCAACUGCGAAUGAUCUUUUGGAACCUAAGCCUGAGAAUCUUACGGUUUUGACGAAUUCGACUGUUCAAAAGGUUCUUUUGGAGGGAAACAAAGCUGUUGGCGUUGAAGUCGAUGGCAAGAAAUACCUCGCCUCCAAAGAAGUCAUCCUCUCAGCCGGAGCCCUCAACACCCCCAAGAUCCUAAUGCACUCCGGCAUCGGUCCCAAAUCCCAACUCGACCAAUACCACAUCCCCGUCGUCAAGGACGUCCCCCGCGUAGGCCAAGGUCUGCGGGACCACAUGUUCACUCCCCUAGUCUACACCCGCAAACCAGGCGACACCGCCCGCGACACCUUCUACGGCGACAAGAAAGCCAUGGACGAUGCUCUGGAGCAAUGGCGUCGCGACGGUACAGGCCCUUGGACAAAGUUUGCCUGUGAGUUAGGCAUCGGCUGGUUCAAGCUCGAUAAGCUCGUCAAGUCAGACGAGUUCAAGGCUCUGCCUAAGGAGGAGCAGGAGUUUCUUAUGAAGGAGACUGUGCCGCAUUAUGAGAUUCUUACGCACUUUCCUAUUCACUGGUUCAUCCCUGAAUUUCCUGACUCUGCGCUGAAUUACUCUUGUAUUCUGGUGUUUUACUACAAUGCGCAGAGUCAAGGAGAAGUUACCCUUCAGUCAUCCGACCCCAACGCUCCUCUCAAGUUUGACCCCAAGUUCUUGGCCUCGCCGUUUGAUCGUCGUGUAGCGAUCGAGUCGCUCCGCGACGCUUUCAGGCUCGUGAAGCAUGAUGGCUAUGCGAAAGAUAACGUGGCUAUGCUUGCAGGACCGCAGGGUGAUUCAGAUGAUGAGCUUUUGGAGCACUGGAAGAAUACUAUUUCUUCGAGUUGGCAUAUGACUGGUACUACCAAGAUGGGUAAGAAGGGAGAUCCCGAUGCUGUUGUUGAUAGUGACUUCAAGGUCAUUGGCUUUGAGGGUCUUCGUAUUGCGGAUAUGGGUGUCGUUCCUGUUCUGGCGAGCUGUCAUAUUCAGUCUGUUGCGUACGUGACUGGUAUUACGGCUGCUGAGAAGCUCAUUGCUGAGUACAACCUCGCAUAGAUGUCGAAGGAGGAUCACUAGAGCGCAGCGAUGUUUAGACUGUAGUUACAAUGAACAUGAUUGACGAAAUAUUCGUGUGGACACAUAUGAUAUUAUCUCCAUGUGUCUCGAACCUUCACACUCGUCCUUCCAUGUCGCAUGUCCUAACAAACAAAGGCUUCACCUCGCAGCGCCUCUUGUGAAGAGCUCUAUCAGCUUCGUCCUCAUCCCAAUCCAUAAACUCUUCAUCCUGCCACACCCGAACAUCAAUCCUACGACCUCGAAAAUCCCCCUUGGCAUGGUCUUUCCACUUGAAGUUGUUCGCCUGAAACCAGAUCCUCUUUCUCUCUAUCGCCCAGUAAUACCAUUCCUCGAUCCAGUUCCAUCCGCCGUCCGCAACCUGGUCGUCCACAUACUCAAACAGAUUCAACUCGAACUUCAGCAACGGCUCUGGCCAAAUCGCCCUGAGCUUCUCGAGAUGCUUCUCCCAAACACUGCACCACGCUGUCCAUUUCCCGAACCAGAAGACAAACUUGAUGGUUCUGAGGGCUGGGAGACGUUGUUUCAGAGCGAGAAUAUCGUUGA